GCCAGAACAUGCUGCACACAUCAGUAAUCAAUUACCUCUCCGGUAUAAUUUAAUAUAACACGGACGCGCGUACAAGUUGUUUCAUAUAAAAAUCCAAAAGGCUCUCUCUCUCCCUCUCGGCAACGACUUGCUCAAGUUCAACGCUUCUCCCUGUCUCCCAUGCAUAGCCCCAACUCCAUUGCACGCACUUGACUAGGUUGCAGACUCGAGCUCGUCUCAGUGGCCACUAGCUAUGUCUGGAGCUGGAGCUGGAGCUGGAGCAGGAGCAGGAGGAGUAGAUCGUGGCCUCUACGGUGAUCCUGCUGCUGACUUCAUCUCCUUCGACCACGUCGACGUGGACAGCUUCUUCCAGAGAUCGCCGUGCGCCGGCGAAGGAGGCAGCGAUGGGCUCACGGCCUGCUACUCCAGCAUCAACGACUACCUGCAAGGCUUCCUGGGCCCCGCGGGGAUGGCGAGGCACUCGGAUGCGUCAGGCCCCCUGCGCGAUGACGCUGUGAAGCAAGAAAUUGUGGUGCAAGCGAGCGGCCACGUCGACGGUCAGGGCGGGGGUGCCGCCGGCGGUGGCGCGCCGGUCACGCCUAACUCGUCGUCCAGCGACGCAGGUGAGGAAGAGCCGAGGCGGCGGUGCAAGAAGGGUAGGCCGGAGGAGAAAGAGGAGGAGGUUGGUGAUGACGAGGGAUCCGCAGCCGAGCGGAAUUGCAAGAACAAAGAGAAAAAGAAGAGAGGCGAGAAGAAGGCGCGGGAGCCCCGCGUGGCGUUCAGGACCAAGAGCGAGGUCGACCAUCUGGAGGACGGCUACCGGUGGCGCAAGUACGGCCAGAAGGCCGUCAAGAACAGCUCGUACCCAAGGAGCUACUACCGGUGCACGGCGGCGCGGUGCGGGGUGAAGAAGCAGGUGGAGCGAUCGCAGCAGGACCCGUCCUCGGUGAUCACCACGUACGAAGGGCAGCACACGCACCCGAGCCCCGCGAGCGUCAUCAUCAGGGCGGCCGGUGGCCGCUCGCCGCUGCAGCUCGACCUCGCCGGCCGCGCGAUGACGAGCCAGAUCGACUACGCGCGCAGGUCUAGCUUACCUGCAGCUGGCCUGCGCCCGCCGAUGCACCUUCUUCUUCAGGAGCACCGCGCUUCUCCGCAGCUGGCUACGCACGGCGGCGUGCGGGACUUCGUUCCGGCCUUCCGCGAUGGGCAAUGGCAUUGACCACGAGCAGAUUCGCCUCAACGAUCUUCACGUUAUAAGCACCAACGAUCUUCGAUUCUUACAUGGCUUUGCUUUGAUCGUGGCGCGACAUGCAUAUUAUAUGAUAUGGCUCACGCGGGACCGAUGCUACUGCGUCCGUGACGCCGCAUGCCCGAACUGUGCGAUCGUAGAGUUCGGACUCGGUGCUCUGCCGCGUGUUCAGUUGCAGGUGUACAGAUAAUCGAGUAGGAAUUCUUGACAGUUACUAUAUAUGCAACCAAUUAUACCCUACGUAACUACGUUUGCUCUUGAACACAUAAAUUGUUUAGGUAAUCUAUGAAUGUAUUCAGUUGCACUUCGAAAUGUGAAACUUUUUCUCUCUCCA